GGGGAAUCCACGGGGCCCACCUUCCCCCAGGUCCCCCAGGAGACGCCCUUUCUCUGUGCGUCCGGGACUUGGUGAAACUUUGCAGGCGCCCGCGGUGAAAUGGAUUUAAUCCGAGGCGUCUUGCUCCGGCUCUUGCUCCUGGCUUCCAGCCUCGGACCCAGCGCAGUGUCGCUCCGAACAGCUCUCCGAAAAUCAGGCAAGGUCGGGCCUCCACUCGAUAUCAUGCUAUACGCAUUGAACUGCACAGAUUUCAGCAUCCAGUGGAAAAUGCCAAGGCAUCCUGGGAGCCCCAUCACUGGGUAUACUAUCUUUUACUCCGAGGUCGGCGUGGAUAAAUCCCUGCAGGAGCAGUCCCAUAGUGUGGCCCUCAGCCAGGACAUGUCUGCCAUUGGACAAUCUGAUGGGCAGGUGAUUUUUGAAGAAGUGAUCGGAGAUUUGAAACCAGGCACUGAGUAUCGAGUGAGUGUAGCAGCUUACAGCCAGACUGGCAAAGGACGGCUUAGCUCUCCUCGGCAUGUUACUACUUUGCCCCAAGAUUCCUGCCUGCCACCAUCAGCACCCCAGCAGCCGCACGUCACUGUGGUCUCUGAUUCCGAGGUGGCCCUAUCUUGGAAACCUGGAAAGAGUGAAGGAAGCUCCCCGAUUCAGUACUAUUCUGUGGAAUUCAUCAGACCGGAUUUGGACAAGAGCUGGACCUUAAUCCAAGAGCGGAUCCAGAUGGAC